AUGACCGCGAAACACUACAAACAAUGGCACCUCACAUCCCAAACCGGCAUCUCAAGCCUCGUCGCCCUCGAAACCAAAAUUCCUACAAACCUGACAGGACAUGAAGUACUGGUAAAGAUCCAUGCCGCAUCGCUGAAUUAUCGAGAUGUAGCUAUUGCAAAAGGAACACGAAAUCUAGUGAUAACACCGCACGUCGUUCCCGGCUCCGACGGCGCCGGCACAAUCCUCUCCACCGGCCCCUCCGUCACAUGCUUCACUCCCGGCGACACGGUACUCAUGCACAUGUUGCCGCACUUCCCCGCCUCUGCCUUCCCCACCAUGGCAGAGGUGUGCGGGGGCCUGGGACAGCAGGUCGAUGGCACGAUGCGGGAGUACGGCGUCUUUGACGAGAGCGCACUGGUGCGCAUGCCGGCGAAUCUGACGUUCGAGGAGGCGGCUACACUGGGCUGUUCGGGCUUGACGGCUUGGAAUGCGUUGUUUGGGGGCGGGAGGACCGUGGCGGAGGGAGAUGUUGUGCUGACGCAGGGGACGGGCGGGGUUUCGAUUGCAGCUUUGCAGUUUGCUCACGCAGCCGGCGCAACCAUCAUCUCCACCACAUCCAGCGCAGCGAAAGCCGCCCGUCUCUCGGCCCUCGGCGCAGCUCACACAAUCAAUUACAACACAACUCCCAACUGGGGCGAGGUCGCCAAAUCUCUAACGCCCAGUAGCAUCGGUGUGACCAACGUGAUCGAUGUCGGCGGCCUCUCCACAUUGUCCGAAUCCCUGAAAGCCGUGCGCGUAGAAGGGAUAGUGACAGCGACCGGCGUGCUGGGAAGCAAAGCGAAAGAGCCUUCCAGCUUGCUGGAUACGGUAUGGAGAGUUUGCUCGGUCAGAGGUAUAGUCCUGGGCUCGAAACGGCAGAUUGAGGAUAUGGUGAAAUUUAUUGAGGAGAAGGAUCUUAGGCCAGUGGUUGAUGAGAGGAUUUUUAAGAUCGAGGAGGUUCAGGAUGCGUAUCGGUGGAUUGAUGAGCAGAGGCAUUUUUCGAAGGUUGUGAUCAAAAUUGCAUAG